AUGGUGACACGAUCGAGGCUUGCGCGAGUGCUGCAAUCGCCCGGCCGGCGAAUGGGCGCAAUUGGCGGUGCCAGACUCGCGCCCUGCCAUGCAAUUUCGCCUGCCCGAUGCUUUGCGACUUCGGUCCCGAGGUUGUUGUCUCAAUCACAGGCGGUCCAGCACCUUGCCAAGCUCACGUCGGAGACGUAUCCGGGACUGACGAGAGACGCCAAAUAUGCGUCACUGACGGCGGAGGAUGUCGCUUACUUCAAAAACCUGCUUGGGGGCGAGCAGGCCGUGAUUGAUGGCACCGCCGGCGGCGCAGAGGACGAUCUCAAGCCCUUCAACGAGGAUUGGAUGCAUAAGUACCGCGGCCAAGGCCGUCUCGUGCUCAAGCCAGGAUCGACCGAGGAUGUCAGCCAGAUCCUCAAGUACUGCAACGACAGGAAGCUGGCGGUGGUGCCGCAGGGAGGCAACACGGGUCUCGUUGGGGGCUCCGUGCCUAUUUUCGACGAGAUCAUCAUCAACAUGAGCCGCAUGAACCAGAUCCAUUCCUUCGACGAGGUCAGCGGCUCACUCGUGUUGGACGCUGGAUGCAUCUUGGAGGUGGCCGAUCAGUACCUCGCCGAAAGGGGAUACAUCUUUCCCCUCGACUUGGGAGCCAAGGGAUCGUGCCAUGUGGGUGGUACAGUUGCCACCAAUGCUGGAGGUCUGAGGCUGUUGCGCUACGGCAGCUUGCACGGGAAUGUCUUGGGCAUGGAGGCCGUGCUGCCGGACGGCACCGUCAUGAACGACCUGUGUGCCCUGCGCAAGAACAACACGGGCUACGACCUGAAGCAGCUGUUCAUCGGCGGCGAGGGAACCAUUGGCAUCAUCACCAAGCUGGUCAUCCAGUGCCCGCAGCGGUCUGCCGCCGUCAACGUGGCCUACUUUGGCCUGGAGUCGUAUGAGAAGGCGCAGCUCGCGUUCCGGGAGGCCAAGAAGCAGCUGGGGGAAAUCCUUUCUGCCUUUGAGCUGAUGGAUUCGCGGACGCAGCAGAUUGUGCACAAGAUCAAGGGCGAAGAGAGGCCUCUGGAGGGCGAGCACCCCUUCUACUGUCUCAUCGAGACGAGCGGCUCCAACGGCGACCACGACUACGAGAAGCUAGAAAAGUUCCUCGAGGACGUGCUGACCAAGGAAAUCGUGGUCGAUGGCGUCGUGGCCCAAGGCGAGGGGCAGGCCAAGGCGCUGUGGAGCUGGCGCGAGAGCAUCACCGAGUGCAUUGGCCACGGCGGCGGGGUCUACAAGUACGAUGUCUCGAUCCCACUGGCCGAGAUGUACUCGCUUGUCGAGGAUGUCAAGGCGCGCAUGGGGGAGGCUGGCCUAAUCGGCGAAACCGAGGAGCACCCGGUAAGCGCAGUGGUGGGCUACGGCCAUAUGGGUGACUCCAACCUGCAUCUCAAUGUGGCCGUAAGACGGUAUGACGCCAAGGUCGAGGAGGCUCUAGAGCCCUUCGUGUACGAAUGGAUCGAGAAGCGUAACGGUAGCAUCAGCGCCGAGCAUGGUCUGGGGCUGGCCAAGAAGAAGUACGUGCAGUACAGCCGGAACGAGGCCGUGAUUGGCCUGAUGAAGCAGAUUAAGAAGCUCUAUGAUCCGGCACCCACGCAGCCGGCUGGGACGAGGCUGCUGGGCUCCGGAACGGUUCCUUGGGGUUUCUCGCGGCUGGGGGACCCCCCCCCGGACAACCUAUCAGAUUGCCGGACAGGCGAGCCGGCCAAUGGCAGCGCGCGCCUUGUGCAAACAUCUGGAUCGCUGACACAAGACGACUUGGGCGACCAAGCUCAGCCGUCUCGGUGGGCCAGCCAACCAGGAGCAGAGCUGGCCCUCCGCGUCAGCCCUACGAAACUUAGUGCCAGAAAGAAGAUGACGAAGAGAGACUCGAUGCUAGACCGAGAGAGCCAACAAGAGGCCUCGGAGCCCCUGAACCGACCGGCAAUGUGCCUUCCCAUUCGCCGGACGCCUGGUCGCCGUUCGUACGCUUUGUGCUUCGGUGGUUGCCGGGUCUUUACGUGGGAUGCCACCAAAUCCACAGCCAAAAAGGGCCCAUGCCAAAAGGCGGAGUUGUGUGCCUGGCAUCAUGUUCCCAAGACCAGAGGCCAAAGGCCGUUCGACGCUCGAGAUUGGACAUACGUCGUGUGGGGAUUCACCAUUUCUCAUUUUUUCCCUUCUCUCCCUCCCCCCCCCCCCCCCUCCCCUCCAGUAUGGGACGUUUUGCUUGCCAUGUGGUUCUGGUUCCCGGCUUGGGCCUUGUUCCCUUACCUCACCUCCCGUAUCAUUAAUGUCCCGACCCUUACCAACCUGUCCACCAUCGACCUACCUAAGUGCAGCAAUGAGCGUCCGUUCUGCCAGAACUGCAUCAGCAGCGGCAGAACUUGCGAGGGUUAUGAGAGAGAGCGAGUGUUCAUCACUGGCACGCCAGAGACCAAAGGCCGUGUAGCUUCGCAUCCCAAGAAGACGACGCCUUCCAAGAAGCCAAAGGCCAGCCCUAGCCCCAGCGUCAAGGCGGCGGACGAGCCUGGCAGCAGCAGCAGCAGCAUCUUUAGCGGCUCACAGCUCUUUCAACCCCUGGCACCGCUCACCUCUGCCUGGGACGACUACGUUCGAUUGACGCCGGGGGGCCAGGGGGGAACCGGUUUCCCAGCCCUCAUCACGGCGCUCCAGACGAAUUUGCAAAGCGUGGCGAGACUCGAGGCGGCUGUCGGUGGUGAAGGCGGCGGUGAUGGGGCCGCCGCGGGACUUUUGAGUGCUAUACAGUUUCCUCCCUACGCGGCGGCUGAGUUGCUGCCGGUGGCGGACGAUGCCUUCGGUAUGAAUGCGCAAUGUUUUGUGCGCCAAAAGGCCACUAAUUCUGAGCAUGACUCGACAGAGAGCUACUGCGCGUUUCUAUUCGAGAUGAGCAUUGCUCUCUUGAGCAGACGUGAUACCUUUUUGAGAGCACCGGAAUGGACCACGAUACCAUGGGAACAGCAUCCAAAAUCUGCCCUCGACCAGCUGUUUGACAUUAUACUUCAACUUCCCGCCAUCUUCGAGCAGAUGGAUCGAAUCAUCCACCUCCAGGCAACGCUUGCCCGUCGGACACAAGCCCAGGAGCUUUUGCAUCAUUGUCUGGUUGUCGAAGCGCAGUUCCGCCAAUGGCUGCAGGAGGCUUAUAGGGGAACGGAAGAGCACUCGUACCCGUUCUGGGCCGAGGAGCUCAGGAGCCCUGGCGGCGCCAUCCCCUUUGCCAAUGCGUAUACCUUCAAGGACGGGGUCACUGGCUUGAUGUUCGUCUAUUACUGGAUGGCCAUGAUCCCAUUCCACCGCUGUAUCGAACAUGUACACAUGGCCAUUUUCCAACCGGUUGUCGACGCCUAUCCCAACAUGUGGCCGGAACUGCCGCCCAACCUGCAAAUCGACCCGGCGCAUUACCAAGACGGACGAGAGCUGGCCGCCAACAUCUGCAGGGGAUUGGAUUCAGCAUUGAAUUUGACCGUCCAGCCGGACUUGCUCCUGGGGCCGAUGACGGUUGCCAUGGACUUUUACCGAGACGUCAACGCCGCGUCGCAGGAUGGCGUGCUUGAGAUCUUGUGGCUGGACGGCUUCAAGAAGCGGCUGUGGGCAAAGGCGCAAGCCGUGACGAGUUUUACGCAACAUGUCAACCCAAACCCAUACAAGUUUGACGAGGGGGGGUUGCAACCAAAAACCGACGACGACGAGGCCAAGAAGAACGAACGAUGA